GUCCGAGCUGCACAUCAAGAACCUGAACAUGGAGGCCGACCCCGGCAAGUAUGCGUGCAACGGCACCAGCUCCGAGGGCACCGACCAGGCCGUCAUCACGCUGCGCGUACGCAGCCACCUGGCCGCCCUCUGGCCCUUCCUGGGCAUCGUGGCUGAGGUGCUGGUGCUGGUCACCAUCAUCUUCAUCUACGAGAAGCGCCGGAAGCCCGACGAUGUCCUGGAUGAUGAUGACGCAGGCUCCGCACCCCUGAAGAGCAGCGGGAAGCACCUGAACGACAAAGGCAAGAACAUCCGCCAGAGGAACAACUCCUGAGCCAGGUGGCCCGAGGACGCUCCCUGCUCCCAUGUCUGCUGCAACUGGAGCCCACUCCCAGUGCUUGCAAGAUUCCAAGUUCUCACCUCUUAAAACCCACCCCAUAGAUUCCCACGAUACGCUUCCCUCUUCUUUUUUUUUUUCUUCCUUAAAAAGUAGGGUUUUGUAAAAAAAAAAAA